AUGGCAGAUGAUAUCGAUGUCGAAGCUAUGCUGGAAGCCCAGCUCGAGGAAAAGGCCAAUAUAAAGAGCGAGCCUGGACUGGACGAUUCCGGAAGCAAGAAAAGCUCAAGAAGAGAGCGAGAUCGUUCAAGAGAUCGAAAAUCGUCAAGGAGAAAGUCUCGAUCUCGGUCGCGUGAGCGAAAACGAUCGAGGGAUCGGAAGAAGCGAUCUCGAUCAAGGAGUAGGAAAAGGUCCAGAACUUCGAAGCGUUCGAGGUCACGUGAUCGGAAGCGAAGCCGAUCGAGGGAUAAAAAAUCAAGGAAGAAGCGAUCCAGAUCUAGGGAUCGAAAGAAACGAUCGAAAUCGAAAGAACGGGAAAAGAAAAGAAGCCGCACUCCUCCACCGAAGGUCGACACAUCGAAUACCCUUGAGGAUCGAGAUUCACGAACUGUCCUGGCGAUGCAGCUGAGUCAAAAGACGAAAGAAAAGGAUUUGAAGGAGUUUUUCAGCGUCGUCGGAGACGUCAGAAGCGUGAAGAUGAUUCAAGAUCGACAUUCUCGACGCUCAAAGGCCAUCGGAAUCGCCUACAUUGAAUUCAAAUACUCACAGUCCGUUCCCCUCGCGCUUGGGUUGAGCGGUCAGCCGGUCAAUGGAAUCCCUAUCCUGGUACAACAAAGUCAAGCGGAGAAGAAUAGGCAUGCAGCGAUGGUUGAAUCAGCCAAACAAACUCUUUCCAAGCUCGGAAAUGGGCCGAUAAAACUCAAGGUUACGAAUCUGAUCGACGAAAUAACGGAAGAAAUGUUCAGGACGAUUUUCGAGCCAUUUGGUCGGCUCGAGUCAGUGGAACUUAUCGAUGAUCCAAUCACGGGCAAGUCAGCUGGCUCCGGAUUUGUCACCUUUUCCGACUCCGAUGCUGGGAAGACUGCUCUUCGAGAGCUGGACAGAUUCGAUCUCGGAGGAAAACGAAUUCGAGUAUCAGUCGUCGAUAAAGUCGUUUCCAAAAACCGAGGCGAUAAAAACGAAGAUGCUCCAGCUCUAGAGGAGUCUUUCCCCGAUGGAAGCGUUGGUCGAAUCGCUCUUAUGAACAAACUCGCGGCUAGAACCGACCUGCUCAAUCAGAAGGAAGAACAGCCUGUACCAAAACCUGUAGCAAAACCUCUCCAAGCCAUUGAAACCCGAUGCUUUCAGCUAUCGAACAUGUUCAAUCCGGAAAAAGAAAGUGCCGCUGGCUGGGAAAACGAUAUCCGCGACGAUGUUAUUUUGGAGCUCUCUGAUCACGGAGGGGCCCUUCAUGUGCAUGUAGACAAAUUUUCAAAAGAUGGAAACGUUUUUGUAAUGGCUCUCUCUCCAGCGGUCGCCCAGAUUGCAUCCAAAAAGAUCCACGGAAACUACUUCGACGGCAAGAUGAUCCAAGCCGCAUACAUCCCCGAAGAAAGCUACAAAGAGCUCUUCCCCGAGUCCGCCGACGCAAAUAGAAUCCUCCGGCCCGCAUAA